GAAACUUUACUAUGUGGCUGGUCAAACGAAGCCAGGGCAAGCUUGGAAAUGAGAUGGAAAAGUCCUCUAGACUUAGACAAGGGAGACCUCUUGUUGGGAUAGUAGAGAAAAAAAAAAAACAUUGGAUGAACACCAUACAAUACAACACAACACAAUUCAACCUCUUUCAAUUUUUAAGCUCUUUCAAAUAUUGUAAUCUCAGCCUCUGUGAUAUAGGAUCUAGUUUCUCAGGGAAAGUUAUGUUGUAGUUGUCUUUGCUGAAACGGGGUUUCUCAAUCCUCAUGGCUCCCUCAGAUUUAGGCAUUUGGAAUUGAAUUAGACUGAGUAUGGGAGCGUAUCCAUCAGAGUUUUUGGGAAAUUUCUGCCUCCCUUCUGCCAAUAUUAGUAACAGUAUUCUUAUUUCAUGGGAAGGAAAAGGGCCUUAUUUCCUUGCCUAAGUUGUGUUACAAAAUGAUGGUUCUAGAUGUGUUAUCUGGUCCUACCGGAACGGCCAUUUCUCAAACUGUAGAUACCAUUGCUGACUUCCUAGUUACUGCCAAUGAUGUCCUUGUGCAAAAGGAUAGUUUUAAGGAACUUGCUGCUUACAUGGAAAGAAUUAAGCCAGUCUUAGAAGAAUUGAGGAAAGGAAAAGUCAGUGAUUCUGAGAGGUUCAACCGCACCAUUGAGAUCAUGAAUAAAGAAAUUAAAGAUGCAAACCAACUAUGUCUAGAUUGCAGCAAGAAGAGUAAGUUUUAUCUACUAAUGAACUGCAGGUCCAUAGCUAAGAGCUUAGAAAACCACACAAAACAGCUGAGUAGGGCACUUGGUCUUCUUCCUUUAGCCACAACAGGACUUUCUUCAGGAAUAGGUGAAGAAAUUGAAAAGCUAUGCGAAGAUAUGAAGACAGCUGGAUUUAAGGCAGCUCUAGCUGAAGAAGAGAUUUUAGAGAAAAUCGAGUCAGGGAUAAGGGAAAACAAUGUUGACCGUUCCUACGCCAAUAAGUUGCUACUUGACAUUACUGAUGCUGUUGGGAUUGGGAAUGAGAGGUCAACAAUAAAGAUAGAACUUGAAGAGUUUAAGAGUGAGAUUGAAAAUGCGCGUGUUAGGAAGGACUUGGCCGAGGCUAUGCAAAUGGAUCAAAUCAUUGCUUUGUUGGAAAGGGCUGAUGCAGCUUCAUCAACUAAGGACAAGGAACUCAAAUACUUUGCGAAACGCCAAUCUUUGGGUACUCAAAUCAUGGAGCCUUUGCAGUCAUUUUAUUGCCCCAUCACCCAGGAUGUUAUGGUGGAUCCUGUAGAAAUUUCAUCAGGGCAGACAUUUGAGAGAAGUGCCAUAGAAAAGUGGUUUGCUGAAGGAAACAAAUUGUGCCCCUUGACCUUGAUUCCUUUAGACACAUCAAUUUUGAGACCUAACAAAAAGUUGAAACAAUCCAUACAAGAGUGGAAAGAUAGAAAUAUAAUGAUUACAAUUGCCACAUUGAAAGAAAAAAUCCUAUCUGGAAAUGAUGAAGAAGUGCUGCAUGAUCUGGAAACUCUUCAGACUUUGUGUGAAGAAAAAAACCAACACAGGGAAUGGGUGAUUUUAGAGGAUUACAUACAAACUCUCAUCCAAAUUUUGUCAAAAAACCGUGAUAUAAGGAAAUUAUCUCUUUUCAUCCUUGGCAUGCUGGCAAAGGACAAUGAAGACGCUAAGAAAAGAAUUUCAGCCGCUGACCAUGCAAUUGAAUCGAUUGUUCGGUCUCUUGGACGUCGUCCUGAGGAAAGGAAGUUAGCAGUGGCGUUACUGCUCGAGUUAUCCAAAUAUGAUGCGGCACGAGAACACAUUGGAAAAGUUCAAGGUUGCAUACUACUAUUGGUGACCAUGUCUAGUGGAGAUGACAAUCAAGCUGCUAGAGAUGCAACAGAGCUAUUGGAGAAUCUUUCGUACUCCGCUCAGAAUGUUAUACAGAUGGCAAAAACAAAUUACUUCAAGCAUUUAUUGCAGCAUCUCUCCACAGGACCAGAUGACGUAAAGAUGACUAUGGCCACAAAUUUAGCCGAAAUGGAGUUAACUGACCACAAUAGGGAGUCCUUAUUUGAUGGUGGUGUACUGGUUCCUCUUCUUCACAUGUUCUUACAUAAUGAUCUACAGGUGAAAACUGUUGCUAUUAAGGCACUUAAGAAUUUAUCCAGCUCAAAGAAAAAUGGACAGGAAAUGAUAAGACAGGGAGCUGCACGGCCACUACUUAACCUUCUUUUCAAUCAAAGCUUACACACCACAGGUUUGUGGGAAGAUGUAGCAGCCAUAAUUAUGCAACUUGCUGCAUCAACUAUCUCUCAGGAUUCCCAAACACCUGUUUUAUUACUAGAUUUUGAUGAUGAUGUUUCCCGUCUCUUCAAUUUAGUUAGUGUCCCACAGUCUGCUGUGCAAGUGCAACAAAACAUUAUCCAGACCUUUUAUUCCUUGUGUCAAACACCCUCAGCUUCAUUUAUCAGAACCAAACUAAUAGAGUGCUCAGCGGUUCCAGAAUUGGUUCAACUGUGUGAGAAUGAAAACCUAAACCUACGAGCAAGUGCUGUAAAGUUGUUUUCUUGCUUGGUAGAGAGUUGUGACGAAGGCAUCAUACAGGAGCAUGUGAAUCAGAAAUGCAUUAAUACUCUACUCCAGAUCAUAAAAUCUCCAUCUGAUGAAGAGGAAAUACUUUCUGCCAUGGGAAUAAUAUGCUAUCUUCCCGAAGUUGACCAGAUAACUCAAUGGCUUUUGGAUGCUGGUGCACUGCCAAUCAUUAAAACUUACGUCCAAAAUGGGGAAAACAGAGAUCAUCAAAGGAAUAACUUAGUAGAGAAUGCCAUUGGUGCCCUAUGUCGUUUUACAGUUCCAACAAACUUGGAAUGGCAAAAAAGUGCAGCUGAAACUGGGAUCAUGACUCUUUUAGUGCAGCUGCUUGAAAAUGGAACAAACUUGACAAAGCAACGCGUGGCACAGUCUCUUGCUCAAUUUUCUAAAAGCUCAUUUAAGCUGAGCCGGCCAAUAUCAAAGCGCAAAGGACUGUGGUGUUUCUCAGCUCCUGCUGACAUUGGCUGCAUGGUUCAUGAAGGAAUAUGCUCAGUCAAAUCAUCAUUUUGCCUUUUGGAGGCUAAUGCAGUUGGACCACUCACAAGGACUCUUGGGGAACCUGAUCCCGGAGUUUGUGAGGCUUCUUUGGACGCUCUAUUAACAUUAAUUGAAGGUGAAAGACUUCAGAGUGGUAGUAAAGUGCUUUCAGAAGCAAAUGCCAUACCACUAAUAAUAAGAUACCUUGGCUCCACCUCCCCUGGCUUGCAGGAGAAGUCUCUACAUGCUUUGGAAAGGAUUUUUCGGCUGGUCGAAUACAAACAGAUGUAUGGAGCCUCAGCUCAAAUGCCUCUAGUUGACUUAACUCAGAGGGGUAAUGGUAGUGUUAGGUCCAUGUCAGCUAGAAUAUUGGCACAUUUGAACGUGCUUCACGAUCAAUCUUCAUAUUUCUAAAGAAAAAUGUUGGUUCAAGUUUGUGUACUGAGCUAAGCUAGGUAGCUAACCAUGUUGUGGAGUAACCUUCUCUUGAUGCAUUGUGCAUGACAUCAACUACAUGCUUGGACAGGAAAUGGAGCCUUUUAUAACAGAGAUAACUGCUUUCCUCAAAGCAACAACAUUGUUUCACAUACCAGGAGAACCUCACAUGGUGUUCCUCAAUCUGUUGUAACCAUUUGACCAAAAAUCUUUGCAAGUGUGCACUUGGCUAGUUCUCAUGAAGUGUCCCUUUAGCUCUUGAACCAUUGUGAGUUGUGACCAAUGUUCUGUUGGGGCUGUUAAUGUGUCAAGGAAUUAGCGCCAUUGGACAUGCAGGGAUUUAUUUGAGGCCUACAUUAAACGUCUCAAAUAGUAUAACUUGUAACUUUGAAGAUUGAUUGUUGUCACUGCUUGGUGUAAAAGUAAUAAAAAAAUCCCUUUUCUUUAAUAAUUGUAUUCUUUGCUAUUCGAACUCAUUGUGAUUCUUCUUAUACAGUGAAAAGGUAGAGAGAUAUUUGACAAGGAGUAUGGCAGUCAUCUCUUUGUUA